GCUGUGGCGACGUGGAAACAUGGAGGAUUAGAUGAGAAACUGGCUGAUAUCUUAGUAUCGGAAUUCACUUAAUAAUAAACAGUACCGUUUCUGUCCGACCAAAGAGAAGACGAGACGGACAGCACCAGCGGCCACAGCAACUGUCAAGAAAAACACGUGUCAUUGAUUGCGUCGAUCGGCAGGCACUUCUUGGCAGGGCAGGGUGUCGUUGGACAUGAAGCUGUGAGACGGGGCCUUUCCAGCAUCAGGAGAUGGGAGCGAACACCAGCCAAAUCGGCGACCUCUCGGAGAACCAGAGCCUCAGGGCCCUGGUGGGCACGGAGGCCAUUUCGGAAAAUGACCCGUUCUGGAACCAGCUCAUCUCCUUCACCUUUACCAGUCCCACCAACAGCGGUGACUCCAAACUUCUUGAAGAGGCUGUCACCCCCUUGGCCAAGAUCCUGAUCGAAAACAAUCCCAGAACAGGAAACUUUGGAGCACUCGUGAGAGUUUUCCUUGGACGAACCAGAGAGUUGAAAAUAUCCACAGAAUGCCAAGAUCAGCUCUUCAUCUGGCAGGCGCACAAUACACUCUUCAUGAUCCGCUGCCUGCUCAAGGUCUUCAUCCGAGAGAUGAACGAGGAGGAGCUGUGCCAGCAGUUUGAGUACCAGCAGAGGGCGCCCGGCUCCUGCGAAGCUGAGAGUGAAGACCUGCUGAAGGAGAUGAUCUGCAACCUGGUUCACCUGAUUGUGGAGGUGCCGCUGCUGGACAUUACAUACAGCAUCCUGUUUGAGGCAGUGACGACUCUCCUCGUGCUGCUCUCCUACCAGCUUUUUCAUAAGGAGAUCCUGAGGGACGGACACAUCUACAAGUACCUAAUGCAGGGGAGGUGCUUGGAGCUCACCAGUCGGCUGGUCAAGACUCUGCUCUACAAUUUCAUCAGACAGGAGAAGUGUCCUCCUCCAGUCACACACAUCUUUGAGCCCCAGUCUGAAGGUGGCGGGCUCCUGUACGGCCUUGCCUCGGGUGUGGCAAGCGGCCUGUGGAACGUGUUCACUCUGGGGGGCGCUGGGAGCCGCACCGGGUCAGAUCAAGAACAGCACCCGUUACCGCUGUCCACCCAGAGCUUACUGCUCCUGUUGGUGCUGUCCAACCUGACGGAUGGACCGGACCAGCCAAACCCCUAUCGGCAGGCCAUCAUGUCCUUCAAGAACACUCAAGAUACAUCUUCCAUCCCAUCACCUCACCCACACACGUUUCAGAUCAACUUCAACAGCCUGUACACGGCGCUAUGUGACCAGCAGCGCUCGGACCCGGCCACCCUGCUGCUGUACACGCUGCUGCACCAGAACGCCAACGUGCGCACUUACGUGCUGUCUCGCACCGAUGUAGAGAACCUGGUGAUGCCCAUUCUGGAGAUCCUGUACCAUGUGGAGGACAGGAACUCGCAUCAUGUCUACAUGGCCCUCAUCAUCCUUCUCAUCCUCACAGAGGAUGACACAUUCAACCGGUCAAUUCAUGAAGUUAUGCUGAAGAACAUCACCUGGUACACGGAACGCUCCUUGACAGAGAUCUCCCUGGGGAGCCUGUUGAUCCUAGUGGUGAUCCGGACCAUUCAAUUCAAUAUGACUCGCACCAGGGACAAGUAUCUUCACACCAACUGCCUGGCAGCCCUGGCAAACAUGUCGGCUCAGUUCCGCUGCCUGCAUCAAUACGCAGCACAGCGGAUCAUCAGCCUGUUCGCUCUGCUGUCCAAAAAGCACAACAAGGUUCUGGAACAGGCCACGCAAUCGCUGAGAGGUCCCCUUGGGUCCGGAGGCAGCACCACGCUACCGGAUUAUGCCCAGGAUCUAAAUGUGAUAGAGGAGGUGAUCCGAAUGAUGCUGGAGAUAAUCAACUCCUGCCUGUCGAACUCGCUGCACCACAACCCCAACCUGGUCUAUGCCCUGCUCUACAAGAGGGAGCUCUUCGAGCAGUUCCGCUCACACCCGUCCUUCCAGGACAUCAUGCAAAACCUUGACACGGUGAUCGGUUUCUUUAGCAGUCGCCUGGAGCAGGCUGGGUCAGACCUGUCGGUGGAACGUGUGCAGGAGGUCAUCAAGAAAGGAGCCGUAGCCCUUCCCAAAGACCGUCUUAAGAAAUUUCCAGAGCUGAAGUUUAAGUAUGUGGAAGAGGAUCAGCCUGAAGAUUUCUUCAUCCCAUAUGUUUGGUCUCUAGUCUUCAACACAGGAGUAGGCCUACACUGGAGCCCACAAGGCAUUGAGCUCUUCAGCAUGGACUCCAGCUGAGUGCUUGUGUGAACUGUGUGUGUGUGUGUGUGUGUGUGUGUGUGUGUGUGUGUGUGUGUGUGCGCGUGCACGUGUAUGGGGUGAUAUGGUCAGCUGUCCACUUGUAGGACAUCUGAGGUGUGUGCAUACGUGUGUGCUUUCCUGUGGAAACGCCUGAUCCUCCGCUAAAAGAAGUGGGUUUGGGGCUUUCCUCUUUCGUUUUUGCUGUGUCCACUCGAAAAAUUAUUAUUGCAUGCAGCCUUUCCAGCCCAAGCUCAAGGCUCCCUGUGCAGUUGUGCUGAGCAGAGAGGUACAGUUACUGCAGAAGGCUAAGAGGGAUGCUUUACAACCCCACCAUUUCACAGGCUCCACUCAUUCUUUGGCAUAAAAUUUUUACCUCCUGCUUGUGGCAAAUGUCCUCAUAAACUCAAGAAACUGAAAUUGUACUUAUAUUGAUCUGACAGAUUUCUUUCUGAGGUACUGAAAGGCACUUAAAACAAACAAAGGAAAUGCGAGCGAAACCGUUGUACCAGGCAGAUGGUUAUUUCACAAGGGUAGCAUGCUGUUUUCAGCCUUCGUUUUCAAUUAUCGGCAAGCUGUUGUAACCGGAGAACAGUCGCAAAAAAUGCUUUUUCUUUAGUGAAGUGCUGGUUUUAAUGGUAAAGUAACCUGAUAAGCUUAUUGUUAUUGCAGAGGGACCUUUUGGAACUAGAAGGCUUGUAAAAGUCCAAUUAACCCAGGCUUAUGAUGUGAACAGUGGUACUUUUUACAUGGUUUUAGUUCAUUUUCAUUGAAAGAUUGUGAAGUAUAACCUCUGAAGAAAUGGUCAUCAUUCUAGCAAGGGCAAAAGUGUACCGUGAGAACACAGAUCAAGAUCAGGUUUUCAUAUCUUUUUUUUUCUAUUCAUUGAUUAUGCCUACUGUGUAGAUCGUCUUUGCAGAGAAGUUACAAAAAGGAAAAAAUAAGUCUACAAAAUGGGGAAUAGAGUUUUAUUUCAAGUUUGACCUAUACGUUCAACCUUCACAUGAACCAGAUACACUAUGGAUCGAGGAGUGCAUGUAUAGUAUCCUACAGGACAUUGCACAUAGCAUGUGUGGUGCAGCAUCCCCAAAAUUACACUGAAAGAAUGAGGAAUGCUGAGAUGGUGUGUUUUUGAUUUUUGCUGAUUUUUUUAUGUUCUCUUUUUGCAUUGAAUUAAAAAGGGUAAUUUAUUCAUGUCUUUUGAAGGUACAGGACACGACAUGCAUUGCUAUGUAAUGUUGGAUAAAGGUGCUGCAAGGGUAAGGGGAGGUCCAGUUUGUUACAUGAAGUAUCUUUGCUGAUACUGACGCAAAAACAUCACUGUUACACAGGAGAGACAACCCUCACAAUUUACAUGCAGUAAACAAUGUAGUUUUUAUGUGCUGUAAAACACUUUAUUUAUUUUCAUUUAAAGCUCAUUGCAGCUAAAAAAAUUCUAGAAAUAAAUAGGAUUUACUGUUUCUCCCUUGUGGGGGAAAUAGCUCUGGCGUGUUACUUUGAGCAAAGUUAAAACAAACAAUAUUUUAUCAAAUGAGGCCAGGGUGAUAUUUAUAAUCAUUUGAAGAUGCCUUACUCAUGUCUUCCUUCUAAUUACUGUGUAUCAAGGAUUUAAAUCUUUGUAAAAUAUCAAUAAAAUGAACCAAUAUUAAGAAAGUUAUAAUUGUCCUAUUAUUAUAUGGUUAUUAUUAUUAUUAUUUUUAUUAUUACUGAGUCUAUGGAGAACAGUACAAGCAGUCCCCGGGACUUACGUACAACCCGUAGUUUCAAACCACCCCCUGUAAAGCCUAUUAUAUUAAAAAUUCA